CAGCUCUACACUCACACACACUCAAACCCUCCUCCAGCCCCACCGUCUCCACCAUGGCAGCCUCCACCCUGUCCGUCUGCUCCAGCGACCUGAUGUAUGACUGUCCAGAGAGCUGCUGCGAGCCCCCCUGCUGUGCCCCCAGCUGCUGUGCCCCGGCCCCCCGCCUGACCCUCCUCUGCGCCCCAGUGAGCUGCGAGUCCAGCCCCUGCUGCCAGCCAGCCUGCAGCAGCUCCUCCCCCUGCCAGCAGGCCUGCUGUGAGCCCGUCUGCUGCAGGCCUGUCUGCUGCACACCUGUCUGCUGCAGGCCCGUCUGCUGCAGGCCUGUCUGCUGCACCCCUGUCUGCUGCACACCUGUCUGCUGCAGGCCCGUCUGCUCCAAGCCUGUCUGCUGCAGGCCCGUGUGCUGUGAGGCCUCCCCUUGCUCAGCCCCCUCAUCCUGCUGCAGACCUUCCUCCUCUGUGUCCCUUCUCUGCCGCCCUGUGUGCCGCCCCGCCUGCCACGUGCCCAUUUCCUCCUGCCAGCCAAGCUGCUGCCGCCCGGCCUCCUCUGUGUCCCUCCUCUGCCAGCCUACAUGCUCCCGCCCAGCCUGCUGUGUCCCCGUCUCAGCCCUAGAACCCUGCUGCUGACCUGGCACAUCACUUGUGGGCCAGCCAGCCUCAGGUCCCACCUGUGACUCAGUCCUCCCAGCCUCCCUCUGUCCUGACGUGAGCUGGGUAGCUGCCCUCACUCAGGACAGGUUCCCCAAUGUCUCCACUGUCCUGACUGACUGACCUCUCACUCCUGCCCCAGGAACCCCAACCUCACAGCUCCCAGGGCUCCUGCCUCCCAGGAAUCGCCUCCAGCUGUCUCUGGGUCAUUGUCCCCCUACCCCUCCAGGUCCUCUGUCUGGGUCACUUGGCCUCGACUUCCAACCUUGGGUGCACCCCCUUGGGCACUGGGAUAAAUAAACUCAGUUCAUCAUCUGA